AUCCGUCAUAACUCCUAGUGACAUUCAAGCUGUCUUCGCCCCCAAAAUUUCAAUGUGAAAAAUAGGUUAGUGAAACCCUUUCCUUAAUAAACUCCAACAUGUCUAAGCAUGAAUUUAUGGUGUGCGAUCCCUCUUGUGCGAAAUGCGGUUGUCAUACAGCACCACCUCCCUGCCCAAAACCCAAGCCUCCUUGCCCUUGCGCUUGUUCUAAAGGUGAUAAUAAAAUGAGCCUUUUAGGUUGGCUGGUCAUCGGUGUGGCUAUAUGGUAUUUCUUUUUCGCUGGUGACGACGUAAGCUGUACUGUAAACUGUUUGCUCGACUUGAUAAGGCCGUGUAGGAAAAAACCUCCAGAGGAACGUUUCUACAAAGUUCGUUUACCUACUUCGCCCCAAGUUCUUCAAAUGUACCGUCAUGAAUGAGUCAAGAUAAGUAUGGAUACUUUAGAUUUAUAGCUGGGUGAUGUGUGCUUUAGUUCUCCAAUAAAUUUG